GGUGUCUGGGAAGGAGAGAUCAUGGCGGCAGAGCCGAGCAAGACGGAGAUUCAGACCCUCUUCAAGCGUCUUCGGGCAGCGCCGGCCAACAAGUCGUGCUUCGACUGCGGCGCCAAGAACCCGAGCUGGGCCAGUAUCACCUACGGGGUCUUCCUGUGCAUCGACUGCUCCGGCGUCCACAGGUCCCUGGGCGUACACCUCAGCUUCAUCAGGUCCACAGAGUUGGAUUCUAACUGGAACUGGUUCCAGCUGAGGUGUAUGCAAGUGGGCAGUAAUGCCAACGCGACUGCUUUCUUCCGCCAGCAUGGCUGUACGACCACAGAUGCCAAUGCUAAAUACAACAGUCGAGCUGCCCAGAUGUACAGGGAGAAGAUCCGGCAGCUGGCAAGUGCUGCCAUGGCCAAGUACGGCACUGAGUUGCUUAUAGAUGGACUGAGUGGAGCCCCUGGGCACUCCCCUGAGAAGAGUGAUGCUGAUUUCUUCAUGGAGCACACACAGUCUUCCAGUACCUGGGAUGUAGCAGAUGCUAGCCAGAAUCCUGCACAGUCUUCUCCAGAGAUGGAAAAAGCAGCAAAGUCACCAGAAGGCAGUGAAGUUUCAAAUCCCAGCCAAGGUCCAUCUAUUGACUUGUUGAGCACAUCUCCUAAGGCUCCUCUAGAACUUAAAUCCUCCCUCAUUGGAAAGAAGAAGCCGGGAGCUGCCAAGAAAGGGCUGGGUGCAAAAAAAGGUCUUGGAGCCCAGAAAGUCAGCAGCCAGAGCUUCAGUGAGAUUGAGCGGCAAGCCCAGGUGGCAGAACAGCUGAGGGAGCAGCAGGCAGUGGAGUCCAGGAAACAAGCCGAGGAGUCCAUAGUCACCUCAAUGCGACUGGCUUAUCAGGAACUGCAGCUUGAUCGGAAGAAGGAAGAGAAGAAACUCCAGAACCUCGAAGGGAAGAAACGUGAACAAGCAGAGAGGCUGGGCAUGGGAUUGGUAUCCAGAAGUUCUGUUUCACACUCGGUGAUGUCUGAGAUGCAAGUAAUUGAACAAGAGACGCCGCUGGUAGCAAAAUCUUCCCGCUCCCAACUGGACUUGUUUGAAGAUGGUGGUAGCUUCACAUCCGGACCCCCCAAGUACAAGUACAGUCCCUUCUCAUUCGAAGAUGCAUUUGGCUCACGAUGGGAAACGGACUCUUCAUGGGGUAUGGACAAAGAGGAGGAACCGGAGGUGACCGUUUCCAGCAUUCGGCCGGUCUCAGAGAGACCCACCAGUAGGCGGGAGAUUGAGAACAGGCCAUCCAUGGUGGAAUCCAAUGAAGCUCGGCAGAAGUUUGCUGGGGCUAAAGCUAUCUCUUCAGAUAUGUUUUUCGGGCGGGAGGCAGAUGCUGAGUAUGAAGCCAGAUCCCGACUGCAGCAGCUCUCAGGCAGCAGUGCCAUCAGCUCCGCAGACCUAUUUGGAGAGGCUGACAAUGUGCACUCAGGUGGUGUGUCUAUUGGAAAUGUCCUGCCUGCAGCUGACAUUGCACAAUUCAAGCAAGGAGUGAAAUCAGUUGCCGGCAAGAUGGCUGUCCUGGCCAAUGGGGUGAUGAACUCCCUUCAGGAUCGUUAUGGUUCAUAUUGAUGACCCAGGGACUGCAAUGGGAAGCCUGCAAGAGGCACUGAUGCCACCUUUGCCUGGAGUAAACUCUACAGGAUUGUCUUAUUUGUCUGGGUU